AUGGGUCUCUCCCCGCAAAUCACCAACCUGGUCAUCAUCCUUGGUAUGAUGCAGCUCGCCAAGAAGAUCCCCUUCGAGGACCCCAAUGUUCUCAACCUCUGCCGCGCUCUUUACGCGCUCAGCAAUGUCCUCAUCCUCGGCAUCCACCUCUACAUAAUGAACACCAUCAACAAGAAGAAGGACCUCACCACUCUCAAGUACGUCGAGCCGGCGCCGAUGGGUUCCACUGAGGAGGGCAAGCUCGUGACCACCACCGUCCACGCCUACGAUCUGGCCCAGGCCAAGUCGCUCCUCCGCUCCCAGAUGAUGGGCGUCUUCAUGAUGGGCGUCAUGCACCUCUACUUCAAGUACACCAACCCCCUCCUCAUCCAGAGCAUCAUCCCCCUCAAGGGCGCCUUCGAGUCCAACCUUGCCAAGAUCCACCUCUUGGGCCAGCCCGCCAGCGGCGACCUCAAGCGUCCCUUCAAGCAGGCUGCUGGCUUGAUGGCCGGUCUCCAGGGCGGUGCUGCUCAGAGCGACAAGAAGGCUGUUGAGGCUGCCGAGCGUGCUGGCCGCGGCGGCGCCAAGGAGGAGUAA